AUGGAGACCAUAGCAGUGUGGGGAGUUGGUGGAGGGGCUUUUGAACUCCCUGAAGUGGCAGGACUUCCAAUUGGAGGAAAUGUUGGUGAUUUUUUCUAUAGGCUUGAAGUGCAUUACAACAAUGCUAAUAAAAGUAAAGGUCGAGUUGAUAACUCAGGACUGCGAUUCUAUCACACAUCUGAACUCCGUCAGCACGAUGCAGGUGUUUUGGGGACAGGGCUUGUAGUAGCUCCUGGGUACGCCAUCCCACCCAAAGCUAAAUCGUUCCUCACGUAUGGCUUGUGUGACACUGCUGAAAUUCCAAAGGUUCUGGAGACACCAACUGAUCUUCAGGUUUUCUCUGUGAUGCUGCACACACACUUAGCUGGACGGAAGGUGCGAGUCGGACACUUCAGAGGUGAAAAACAGAUUGAUUUCUUAGCUGCGGAUGAAAACUAUGAUUUUGAAUAUCAAGACGUAACAAAUUUGGGCAAAACUAAGACAGUGAAGUUGGGUGACAAAUUGCUGGUGGAGUGCACUUACAACACUGAAAACCGCAGCACACUCACAUGGGGGGGGCUCUCAACCUCAGAUGAGAUGUGUUUGGCCUUCCUUUUCUACUAUCCAGCUAUGAAUCUGAGCGGCUGUAUGAGCUUCCCCAAUACAACUACUUUAAGAUCUGAGAUGGGAACGCCAGCUCUAAAUACUUGGCUCAAUAUGAUGUCCAGUAAGACUUGGAAUGACACGUCUAUCAAUCAAUACCAACAAACACUGAAGAGAAUCGACCAGCUCGUCGUGAUUGCUGAUUCAUUUAAAAACAUAUCACGCAACACAGGGCUGAUUCCUAACAUCAGUGUCAUCCCGUCUGCACCCUGCAUGAGCCGUUGUGACACCAAAAAUAUUGCUUUCCUAUGGCUGCUUCUCUGUUUGUUAGUGCAGUUCAUGCAAAAAUAUUACUGAUGUAACCUGCUGUUCUUUUCAUGUCAAAGAUUAAAAGUCAAUCAAUCUAGAUGAGGAGCUCCUUGCAGCUCCACCCUCAAAGGUUGAAUAGUUUCGAUAGCCAAAGAUCCAAUAAAAUAGCCUAUACGUUACUGUAAUUAUAAAUCAUAUGAGGGAAAUUAGGGAAAAGAAUAUAAGAAAGUGGUUGGGUGGGAUUGUUUUUUUUCU